AUGCUUAGACAAUUCGCCAGAUCCACAAUUGCUCCAAGAUUCACCAGAACUUACGUUCCUGGUCAGUUCACUGGUAAGAAAAACCCCAAUGGCAAGUACACCGUCACCUUGAUCGAAGGUGAUGGUAUUGGUACCGAGAUCUCCCAGGCAGUCAAGGACAUCUACGCUGCCGCCAAGGUGCCUAUCGAGUGGGAACCAGUCGACGUGACUCCAUUGUUGAUCGACGGAAAGACCACUUUGCCUCAAGCCGCCGUGGACUCCGUCAACAAGAACUUGGUUGCGUUGAAGGGCCCAUUGGCCACCCCAGUCGGUAAGGGACACACCUCAAUGAACUUGACCUUGAGAAGAACCUUCAACUUGUUCGCCAACGUGCGUCCAUGUAAGUCCAUCGUCGGUUACGACACCCCCUACGAGAACGUCGACACCGUGUUGAUCAGAGAAAACACCGAAGGUGAGUACUCGGGUAUCGAGCACACCAUCGUGCCAGGCGUGGUCCAAUCCAUCAAGUUGAUCACCAAGACCGCCAGUGAAAAGGUCAUCAGAUACGCUUUCGAAUACGCCAAGUCCAUCAACAAGCCCCACGUGGUUGUGGUCCACAAGGCCUCCAUCAUGAAGUUGUCCGACGGUUUGUUCGUCGAGACCGCCAAGGAGGUCGCCAAGGAGUACCCUGACGUUCCUUUGGACUUCGAAUUGUUGGACAACACCUCCUUGAAGUUGACUGCUGACCCAGCCGACUACAAGGACGUUGUCAUGGUCAUGCCUAACUUGUACGGUGACAUCAUGUCCGACUUGUCCUCUGGUUUGAUUGGUGGUUUGGGUUUGACUCCAUCCGGUAACAUGGGUAACAAGGUCUCCAUCUUCGAGGCUGUCCACGGUUCUGCCCCAGACAUUGCUGGUAAGGGCUUGGCCAACCCAACUGCCUUGUUGUUGUCAUCUUGUAUGAUGUUGAGACACAUGUCCUUGAACGCUGACGCCGACAAGAUCGAAAACGCCGUGUUGAAGACCAUUGCCUCCGGUCCAGAAAACAGAACCGGUGACUUGAAGGGUACCGCCACCACUACCCGUUUCACCGAACAAGUUAUUGCCAACUUGUAA